AUGUUUUUUCUGAAUAAUUUUGGAUUUUUAACUAAAUUGAGUUUAUUUGGCGAACCAUCAUCUCCUCGUCCAAUAAUACAAGUUCCAACAGACAAAUUUCUAAUUUAUUUAGAUUAUGAUGUUAUUACUGCAACAACAUCAAUCGACCAAGCUUUAUGUAUUAUUGUCUCUUUAUAUGUUAUAUUUGAAUUACAAUUUGGUACACACAAUCGAAUUAUACAUUUAUUGUAUGGAAUAUUACUACAAGAACCAGCAGCAUUAACAAAACAAUUACGAUUUACAUUAAAAGCAUGGAACUUUCAAAUUGAUAAAAAAGAACGUAAACAAACAAAUCAAGUGGUAAAAAUUACAUCUACCAACAAUAAAACACAUACAGAUUCGAUCACGGAUUUGGUACACUUAGAAGAAAAUGAUCCUGAUAGUUCAUCUGAUGAAGAACCACACGAAGUUUUUACUGAAAGAACAUCCGAAUAUCAUCCAUCAGUUGAAGCUAAAACACAAUUGUCCGUAUAUGUGGUAUCCGAUGCUGUUUAA